GCCUUCUUGCUUCAAAUCCGUUCAAAGACAGGCAAGCUGCCGCUCUUUUUGCUAAGGGCACACCUACUUGAUCAUCUGCCGCUCAUGUGAUCAGCAGCCUCGGGAUUAGAGCCAUCUUCUGUGGAAGCAAGACCGAGCGUUUGCAGCCCUGGGGCUCCUGUUGUGUCCAUUCAUACGAUUUCCCACUCACUAGUGAAGUCUGCACGAGCAAUCACUUGUGGUUUGGCAAGGAUUUGGCAGUAUGAAGCCUGUUAUUGUGGUUCAUGGUGGAGCUGGCAGCAUCUUUAAAGACCGAGAAGAAGGAGCUCGUUCAGGUAUUAUCAGAGCAGCACUGAAAGGUUACAGCAUCCUUAAACAAGGAGGCAGCGCAUUAGAUGCAGUUGAAGAUGCAGUGGUAUCAAUGGAAGAUGAUCCACAUUUUAAUGCAGGCUGUGGAUCUGUUUUAAAUGAAAAGGGUGAAGUAGAAAUGGAUGCCAUUAUCAUGGAUGGAAAAAAUCUAGCCUCAGGAGCAGUAUCUGCAGUUAAAUGUAUAGCUAACCCAAUAAUGCUUGCUCGUCUUGUCAUGGAAAAGACAGAGCAUAUGCUGCUGACUGACCAUGGGGCAAACCUUUUUGCCAAGGCCAUGAAUAUUCCUGAGAUUCCAGGGGAGAAACUUAUAACUGAAAGAUCCUGGGAGAGAUGGAGCAAGAAACUUGAGGCAGAUUCUAACCCUCAGGAGGAUAAAAAAGAAUCUGGAACAGUUGGUGCUGUUGCUAUAGACAAUGAAGGAAAUGUAGCUUGUGCAACAUCAACUGGAGGACUCUCUAAUAAACUGGUUGGCCGAGUCGGUGAUUCAGCAUGCAUAGGAAGUGGAGGCUACGCAGAUAACCAUGUUGGUGCCGUAUCUACCACAGGGCAUGGAGAAAGCAUGAUGAAAGUGGUCCUAGCCCGACUUGUUCUCUAUCACAUGGAACAAGGAAUGACACCGGAGAAAGCUGCUGACACUGCAUUGAAUUACAUGAAAACAAGGGUGGGUGGAUUAGGAGGUGUCAUAGUUGUCAGUAAUUCAGGGGAUUGGACAGCAAGGUUCUCCACCAAACAGAUGUCCUGGGCUACAGUGAAGGAUGAUUGGUUGCAAUAUGGCAUUUACACUGGAGAGAUGCAUACAAGCUCUGUUGCAGAAGCACUUGGAUCCAAGUAAUUCUGGGGAUGAAGAAGAGUAGAGAGUACAGCAGGACAACGAUGGGGAGCAGUGAAAGUGGAUGUUAUCUUUC